AUGGGUAAGUUUGACGAAGCCAUCGACUACCAUGAAAGGUACCUUGAUAAUGCUAAGGAUCGAGAUGACGUUGGAGGCGUGGCCAUCAUGCAGCGGGAACUAGCUAUGGACUACUUAUUCAAAGGGGAUCUUGAGAUGGCAGAGCAGCAGAUCACAAGUGCCUUUGUGACCUUGGAGCGCCUCCGUGCAAAGUUAGGCGCAGAGGACACCUCGCGCAUCGCCAACUUUGAAAAGAACCAAUCAGAAGCCUUCAACCUCCUUCAGGCUGUCCUUGUGCGCAGGGGGAAGUUUCAUGCGGCGUUCGCUCUCUCUGAGCAGGGCCGAGCGAGGGCGCUUGCCGACCUGAUCCAACAGAAGCAAGAUUUGGAGGAGGCGGAGUCUGAUAGCAAUGUAUACAAGAAUGCAGAGUUUGUCAGCACAGCUUCUAUGCUUGAAGACGCGUUCAUCGAGCAAGAACUCGCUGAAAUAACUCAAACUGCGGCCGAGCUAGCCACCACCCUAGUCACUUAUUCCAUCGUCACCGAAUUCACUCCAUCUGGAGACAUUGAGAAGUGGCUGUACUCGUGGGUUGUUGCUAGGGAUAAACCGGGAUCGACCAAUGGGGAGGCUGGUAGUAUGAAUCAUGGGUCUGACUCAACCAAUGAGGGGAGGGCUACCAUGAAGAUGAAGAACGGUUGGGAGAUUCAUUUUGCGAAGAGGUUGCUUAGUUCGGUGAAGAAAUCCAAGGAGGAAUUUGCGGUCGACAGACACGUGAAUGCCCUGUGCCGUUCUCUUGGAGAGCUUGGAGUCAAGGAGUCAAGUAUGGAUGAAGGAUUGGAACAUUGUGAGUCAACGGAUCAGGCAGAAUGUAAGGAGGCCUCAAAGGGCCAUACCGACGAUACUGUAAGCAGAGACAUUCCCCAUCAGUACUCCAAACCAAAGAGUGUAGUCGGCCAUGUUUACGGAGGCCCCAAGGUGCCAAAGCGGCCGGUGAUCGACCCUGCGCUACAGCGAAACCUAGACAAGCUGAGAGCUGAUUAUGAUAUCUUCAUCGCUCCGAUUGAGAAGUACUUGCCGGAGUGGAGGGGAGGGACGGGGGAGGUUCCUAAAGUAAUCUUCAUUCCUCAAGACUUCAUGUUUAAUCUUCCGUUCUGUGCCCUACUUGGUCCCGAUCGCCGACACCUUAUCGAGAAAUACGUCAUCUCCAUCGUGCCAUCGGUGAAAAUCCUAAAACUGACCAAUCAGAGGCUGGCUCAGCUGCGUCUUUCAUCCGGUGUGGCGCCCCCUAGUGUCCUGGCAGUUGGCAAUCCUACAAUGCCCCAUCACAACAUCCCAGCUCUUCCUGCUGCAACGAUGGAAGUCCAAAUGGUAAAAACGUUCUUCCAACCCGAGACAUCACCAGGGAGCAGUGGAGGGGCGUCGCCAGGGAGCAGUGGAGGGGCGGAGCCAGGGAGUGGUGGAGGAGCGGAGCCAGGGAGCGGUGAAGGGGCAGAGCAAGGGAGCAGUGGAGGGGCGGAACCCGGAAGCAGUGGAGUGGCAGAGCCAGGGAGCGGUGGAGGGGCGGAGCCAGGGAGUGGUGGAGGAGCGGAGCCAGGGAGUGGUGGAGGGGCGUCGCCAGGGAGCAGUGGAGGGGCGUCGCCAGUGAGCAGUGGAGGGGCGGAGCCAGGGAGUGGUGGAGGAGCGGAGCCAGGGAGCGGUGAAGGGGCAGAGCAAGGGAGCAGUGGAGUGGCGGAGCCAGGGAGUGGUGGAGGAGCGGAGCCAGGGAGCGGUGAAGGGGCAGAGCAAGGGAGCAGUGGAGUGGCGGAGCCAGGGAGCGGUGGAGGGGCGGAGCCAGGGAGUGGUGGAGGAGCGGAGCCAGGGAGUGGUGGAGGAGCGGAGCCAGGGAGCGGUGGAAGGGUGGAGCCAGGGAGGAGUGGAGGGGCGGAGCCAGGGAGCAGUGGAGGGGUGAAACCCAGAAGCAGUGGAGGGGCGGAGCCAGGGAGGAGUGGAGGGGCGGAGCCAGUUGUCCUGACAGGGAGGGAUGCAACCGUUGAUCAAGUCCGACGUGAAAUGGGGAAACAUACAGUGCUGCAUUUUGCCACCCAUGCCGAGCAGGACAACGGACUGGCAAAGAUGAUAAAAGAAGGAGGCGACAUUUGUCGACCUGAGAGAGUUCCGACGGGCGACUUCAGCAUGCGUGGGUUUCUCGUCUUGGCACGCAGUCAUGAGAACUGUAGCGGCCUCCUGAUGGCAGAGGAGGUCAAAGGUCAUGGUCUGAAAGCUGAGGUCGCUGUACUCAGCUGCUGCCAGACGGGCAAAGGUCAAGUGACAGGCGAUGGCGUUCUGGGGUUGUAUCGUUCUUUCCUGGUGGCCGGAGCAGCCAGUGUUGUCGUCACACAAUGGAAGAUCUAUGACAAGGCAACGGCAAUGUUCAUGAAGUUCUUUUAUCAAGAACCAAGCGAUGGCGUUCUGGGGUUGUAUCGUUCUUUCCUGGUGGCCGGAGCAGCCAGUGUUGUCGUCACACAAUGGAGGAUCUUUGACAAGGCAACGGCAAUGUUCAUGAAGUUCUUCUAUCAAGAUUUCAUGGUGCACCAGGAUCCAGCGAGGGCGCUACGUCAAGCCAUGCUCUCCAUGCUACAAGACGAGACCUAUCACAGGCCGCAGCACUGGGCAGCUUUCACUCUGAUUGGAGCAUCUCGACCAAUCAGGGAGCCCUGA